GCAAUCAAGGCAUCUCCAAAAGAAGAUGUCGACGAAGGAGAUGAGGCCAUGCUCGAGAGGCUGGAGGACAUUGCCUUCUCCAUGGACGAGAAGCCCAACGCCAUCCUUGACGACAUCAGCAUUCAGGCUGAGGCAGGCGUGGCAGAAGACAGCACCGUUGUCCCUGAGGCAGUCAUUCUGGAGGAAGAGAAGGAGGAGGAGCCUUCCAUCAAAGCAUGCCCAAUUGAAGAGAUGCCAGACACCGUUCUCGAGGACACAACCGGGGAAGACGCAUCUCCAAAACUUGGCCACUUGAAAGACGAGGAGCCAAAAGCCGGCGAAGUGUUGGCAGCACAGCCCCAGAACGCCAAGGACAAGAAACACAGCAAGAAAAACAGGAAGGGGCGCAAUAAGAAGAAGGGCGUCUUCCGUUACCACUGCUUUUAAAUUGACAUCACAAGUGGUGGAAGAGGCGUGGGACAUUGACAACAUCACAGCUUCAAUCUUUAUUAUCUAACAAUCAUUUCCAAGCCAAACGCAAAAAUAAAGUUUUCU